CGGGUUCAGAAGGAAGCGCACUUCCGGUGCCCUUUCUGCCGCGAGCACCGCGGCCCCCAAUCCUCGUGUACAGGGCGAGGUCUGUAAACUGGAGUGGGCUAGAAGCUGGCGGCCACCACCUCCUGACCGCAGGUGCCGCCACUUUCCGGAGGAUCAGACAUGGCCCAGAACUUAAAGGACUUAGCGGGACGCCUGCCCGCCGGACCUCGGGGCAUGGGCACGGCGUUGAAGCUGCUGCUGGGGGCCGGGGCCGUGGCCUAUGGCGUCCGCGAGUCCGUGUUCACCGUGGAAGGUGGUCACCGAGCCAUCUUCUUUAACCGGAUCGGCGGCGUGCAACAGGACACAAUCCUGGCCGAAGGCCUUCACUUUAGGAUCCCCUGGUUCCAGUACCCCAUCAUCUAUGACAUUCGGGCCAGACCCCGAAAAAUCUCCUCCCCCACAGGUUCCAAAGACCUGCAGAUGGUGAACAUUUCCCUGCGUGUGCUGUCUCGGCCCAAUGCCCAAGAGCUCCCCAGCAUGUACCAGCGCCUAGGGCUGGACUAUGAGGAGCGAGUGCUGCCGUCCAUCGUCAACGAGGUGCUCAAGAGCGUGGUGGCCAAGUUCAAUGCCUCGCAGCUGAUUACCCAGCGGGCUCAGGUGUCCCUAUUGAUCCGAAGAGAGCUGACAGAGCGCGCCAAGGACUUCAGCCUCAUCCUGGACGAUGUAGCUAUCACAGAGCUGAGCUUCAGCCGAGAGUACACAGCAGCUGUAGAAGCCAAGCAAGUGGCCCAGCAAGAAGCCCAGCGGGCCCAGUUUUUGGUGGAAAAAGCAAAGCAGGAACAACGACAGAAGAUCGUGCAGGCUGAGGGGGAGGCUGAGGCUGCCAAGAUGCUUGGAGAAGCACUGAGCAAGAAUCCCGGCUAUAUCAAGCUCCGAAAGAUCCGGGCUGCCCAGAACAUCUCUAAGACGAUUGCCACAUCCCAGAACCGCAUCUAUCUCACAGCUGACAACCUUGUCCUGAAUCUACAAGAUGAAAGCUUUACUCGGUAAGCUGCCACUGUGCAGAGCAGAGCGCCUGCAUCUG